AUGGCACAAUCUCUGUCACUUCCACCAGCCUCCUCCUGUCUGAAAGAUUCAUGGCAACAUGAAGGAGAAGAAGACGACUGGCUCCUCGUUCCCAUCUAUCCCAGACAAGCCACCCGACUAAUCCCGUCUGUCCAGGCGCGCGAGCUUACAUGGCUUCUAUCAGAACUCCAGUCUACCCUAAAGAUGCUCAAGUCGUCCCUCGAGGAGACUUAUGCUCUUCUGGCGCCAAUCGACCCCGGUAGCACCCUCGUGGUCAGCACACCGCGGCACGAAGCCAUCAAGGGUCAUGUCACGCGGGUGGGCACUCGCCUCGUCAAGGGCAGCAUCCAGCUGCGCCUAAAGACCAUACCGCAGCAGACCUUGAUGCUCGACCCGGCCAGCCCGAUCCAUAUACCUGAGCUCACGACGCUCAACACGCUGCUGACCCAGUCGGUGGAUAUCUUGUCCUUUAUUGUAACAGAGUCCUCGCGAGACAAGGCGGGUGGAAACCGUGGUGAUGCUAGCGAUCCGAAAUUCUUGUCCUCGCAGCUCCGUCUGCUGGCCGAAUACCUUGCCGAAUCGCAAGCUCUGCUGAAGGGUCCUCAGUUGACUGAUCAGCCAACGAAUACUAUACAGGAUACGGCAUGGACCAGCUCGUCCGUCCCACCGUCGUGCUUCAACCCUCCACUACCCGCCAAUCUCAGCUUUUACCUGACUCUGCAAGAUGCCUCGCUUGUUCUGUUUCUACGAGCGCUAGAGCCUGCGGAUGCCCCCGUGGCGUUUGGCACCAAGUUUGCACUGGCAAUCGGCACAGCCCGGCGCUUGGAGCACGACGAGGCAGACCGAGUCUUUGCCUUUUGUCCCGAGGGUGCGGAUGAGCAGUCGCCCAUCACGGCAUCAGGCUCGAUUCGAGGCAAUCUCCACCGCACCCGAAGCGGUGGCCACGGUGGCGGCAUGGGCAAAGGUCGAGGCACCGAGACACAGGUCUUUGUGCGAGAAAAAGUCAGAGUUGAGAGUGCAGACCCGAGCCUCAUGAGUCUCAGCUCCAAGCUUAGUGCCCUGAGCCACACUUUGACACUUGCGAGGAUGAAUUUGGCCGUCGUCAUGGGCGAGGACAUAGAUAUCGGGGCCUAG